AUGAUUUCAUUCUUUCCGAUGGUUUAUUCCUAUAUUUUUGAUUCAAAUUCAUUGGGCGAAUCUUUUGUUAAAUUAUCGUCUCAGAAUAUGUCAAGUAAAGAAACGCAUUUAGCUGACAUGUUUACAGUGGUAACGAUAAUUUCGGGAGCAGUCAUUCUCACUCUGAAUUGUGUAAUGUGUCUGGACAAUGGGUUGGCUAGAACACCACCAAUGGGAUGGAAUACGUGGCAUGCAUUCAGGUGUCGGGUGGAUUGUCAGAGGUAUCCAAACAACUGUCUUAAUGAGGAUGCAAUCAAACGAACAGCCGAUAAACUUGUAUCGGAUGGUUGGGGAGAUUUGGGUUAUAAAUAUGUGAUACUUGAUGAUUGUUGGUUAGCAAAACAACGUGAUCCGAAAACAAAUAGACUUAUGGCAGAUCCUUCAAGAUUUCCGAGCGGUAUUGAAUACAUUGCAAAAUAUCUGCACUCCAAAAACCUUCAACUCGGUGUAACUCUUAGUUACGGGGCCAUGACAUGUUCUGGUUAUCCUGGAAGUAUAAAUCAUUUGGAAUUGGAUGCAAAAGCAGUGGCUGACUGGGGAGUAGAUUAUGUGAAGAUGCUUGCCUGUCACCCUGCGGAGAAUACUGCACCAGAUGAUUCGGAAAAAUUUGCCAGACUACUCAAUGCAACUGGCAGGCCGAUAGUGAUUUCGUGUACUUAUCCAGUAGUUAGCACUUGGCUUUCAAAAUUUAAUUUGACUGACUGGGAAAGAUUACAAAAUAAUUGUAAUUUGUGGCGAGUGACGUUCAACGUGCAAAACAACUGGGAAUCUAUAAUCGAUGGUAUAAAUAGAUAUAAACUUCGCAAUGAUAUUUUGCCGAAAGUGGCUGGUCCCGGACAUUACAAUGAUCCCGAUAUGUUAGUCUUGGGAAACAACGGACUUUCGAAUGAUCAAAAGCGAGUUCAGAUGGGAAUGUGGUGUAUGUUUGCUGCUCCACUACUGAUGUCAUCUGACAUGGACAAGGUGGAUGAAUUCAGUGCAUCUCUGUUACGUAACAAACAUUUGUUGGCGAUAGAUCAGGAUAAAGGUGGACAUCAGGCGGAAUUCGUGAAAACAAGAAACGAUGUCCAGUUGUGGAUACGAAAAUUAGAUAAUUGUCCAAUUGGUUGGGCAAUCGCUUGCAUCAACACAAAGGUUGAUGGUGGACCAAUCGACUUUAGCACGAAUCUGGAUGAAUUCAAAUCACAGAUGUAUACAAUAUCAGGAGAUAAGUUUGAAUUACUGGAUGUAUUCACGGGUGAUAGAUUCAAAGACGUGAGAUUGACAGAGAACUUUACGAUUUCCAUCAAUCCAUCUGGAAUAAUGAUGUUUCGAAUCAUUCCGUUUCAUUUGAUUACCAGUUUUCAGUAA